CUGUCUGGAAAGCGCGAGAUGUCGAAGCUUCUUUGCAAUUCGCGUUUGAAGGCUCUCCGUCGCCGGAGUUUCUCUGCGGUUUUACUGAAGUCUCCGUUUCUCAAUCAAUGCAGUUGCUUUUCAUCUCCUCUUCUUCAUUUCGAAUCGCAAAUAGCUAUGUCUCUCCCUAGCUUAUUCUCGAAUCAACGAGUUCUUCAAUCAUUCCCAAGCUCAAUUCGUCAUAGGGACUUGUCAAUUCGAGCUUUCAAAUCGAGUGCUGUAACUACGAAGGAGGAGAGUAAGAGGGAUGCUAAAAUUUCUGAUGAAUCAGAAGCAAAGUCUCUGGAUGAUAAUGGAAGCUUGAUAGGGUCCAAAGAUGACUGCUAUCCAAGCGGUGAAUUUGAGUUCAAGGAGUUUAGUGGAUGGAAGAGAUUUGUUGUGAAGCUCCGGAUGCUUUUCACUUUACCAUGGGAGCGUAUCAGGAAGGGCAGUGUGUUAUCAAUGAAACUACGAGGACAGAUAUUUGAUCAUGUAAAGAGUCGUUUAUCUUCAGGGCUGUCUCUACCACAAAUUUGUGAAAAUUUUAUAAAAGCAGCAUAUGAUCCUCGAAUCUCUGGUAUCUAUCUUCACAGUGAUCCCUUAAAAUGCGGGUGGGGCAAAGUUGAAGAGAUACGGAGGCAUAUACUUGACUUUAGAAAGUCAGUUGAUGCUACCCUUUGGAGGGUUUGUUUAAGUGGAAGUUUAUCAAAGUUGAUGUUUGUUUCCCUUGGUUAG